CAGCUUGACACUUACUUUUUUUCAUUUUUAUUUUCAUUUCCAUUUCCAUUUCUAAAAAAACAAAAAAAUCCAUGAAAAUAGCUUGAAGCUCCCUUUCCCUGUAAAAACCCUAACAAAAAUCUAAAAUAAUCCAGCCUUGCUACCUUAUAAAACACAAAUUCCAAACCCUAACAUUUAAUUAUGGGAUCUAUAGUCCCAUUUCAAGACCUAAAUCUCAAUCUCUCACCUCCAUCUCCGGCGACCGCCGCCGGCGCCGUCACACCUACGCCGUUAUUAAUUCCAAAGCUAGAACCUAAGCUCGAGCCAUUAGACAGUCUAGUAGAAACGCCGUUAACACACGAAGAGGCACACGAUCCGUUAUAUCACGAUUUUGCCCCUAACUUCUUCUCAAAUACCGAAACUACCCCUACUCCGCCUCCGCAAUCCGCCACUGAAGAAGACAAUGUGUACUCGGAAUAUCACAGAAUCACCGCGCUCUUCCAUACGGCAUUCGCUCAACGGUUGCAGCAACAGCAACAGCUACAGCAGAAGCAUCAAGAGCAAUACGGCGACGUUUCCGAUGAUUCACGAGCGAUUGUACCUGUUAAUGACGAAAAUACCCUCGCGACAGCUCCGACGAAGCCCCACCGACGUUACACUAAACGAUCGUCUGAGUUAGUGCGUGUUACCGACUUGGGAAUAGAGGACCAAAGAUAUUUUCGCGAGGUGGUGAGACGCACGCGUAUGUUGUUCGACUCGCUCCGGAUUUUCUGCGUUUUGGAGGAGGAAAGGCGCCGCGGUGACUCCCUAGUACGGCGUGCACGUGGCGAUCUUUUAGCGUCGUCAGUUAUGCGUGACCGUGGACUUUGGCUUAACCGUGAUAAAAGGAUUGUGGGAUCCAUACCUGGUGUUGAAGUUGGUGAUAUUUUCUUUUUUAGAAUGGAAUUAUGUGUUGUUGGUCUCCAUGGUCAAGUGCAAGCUGGAAUUGACUAUCUACCUGGCAGCCAGAGCUCGAAUCACGAACCUAUUGCAACGAGUGUCAUUGUUUCUGGUGGUUACGAGGAUGAUGAGGACUCUGGUGAUGUCGUUGUUUAUACGGGGCAUGGUGGACAGGAUAAGUUUUCGAAGCAAUGUAUGCAUCAGAAGUUACAAGGAGGGAAUUUGGCUUUGGAGAGAAGCAAGCAUUAUGGUAUUGAAGUAAGAGUUAUUAGAGGGUUCAAAUAUGCUGGUAGUUUUACUAAUAAGAUUUAUGUUUACGAUGGCUUGUAUAAGAUUCAUGAUUGUUGGUUUGAUGUUGGUAAAUCUGGUUUUGGUGUUUUUAAGUAUAAGUUGAUUAGGAUCGACGGCCAGCCAGUAAUGGGUAGUUCGAUGUUGAAGUUUGCUCAGAGUUUGAGGAGUGUACCAUUGAGUGUUAGACCAAGAGGGUACCUUAGUCUUGAUAUUUCGAAUAAGAAAGAGAAUGUGCCAGUCAUGUUAUUUAAUGAUUUAGAUAAUGAUCAUGAUCCUUUGUGCUAUGAGUAUUUAGUGAGAUCUGUGUUUCCACCAUUUGCAUUUAAUGCGGGAGGUAGUGGAACGGGAUGUGAUUGUAUUGGUGGUUGUGUUGAUGGUUGUUUGUGUUCAGUGAAGAAUGGUGGGGAAUUUGCCUAUGAUCAAAAUGGUUUUUUGUUGAGAGGGAAACCUUUGGUGUUUGAAUGUGGAGCUUUUUGUAAGUGUCCGCCCACUUGUCGGAACAGGAUUAGUCAAAAGGGGUUGAAAAAUAGAUUAGAAGUGUUUAGGUCGAGGGAAACUGGAUGGGGAGUGCGGUCGUUGGAUUUGAUAAAUGCUGGCGCAUUUAUUUGUGAAUAUGCUGGUGUUGUUCUCACUAGAGAUCAAGCCCAAGUUUUUACAAUGAAUGGUGAUAGUUUGGUAUAUCCUAAUCGGUUUUCGCCAAAAUGGGCAGAAUGGGGCGAUUUAUCUCAGAUAUAUGCUGAUUAUGUACGUCCAUCAUAUCCAUCAGUUCCUCCUCUGGAUGUUGCAAUGGAUGUGUCCAGAAUGAGGAAUGUUGCCUGUUAUAUUAGCCACAGUUUAACUCCAAAUGUGCUGGUGCAAUAUGUUCUGUAUGAUCAUAACAAUUUGAUGUUUCCUCACCUCAUGCUUUUUGCAAUGGAGAAUAUUCCUCCAUUAAGGGAGCUCAGCCUUGACUAUGGGGUAGCUGAUGAAUGGACGGGGAAGCUCUCAAUUUGCAACUGAACAGGCUUGAAGAAUUUUUUGAAACUUUUGAAUGUGUUGUAACACAUCAUGAGGACUUGAUGCUUUAAGCUAUGCUUUGCAGGUGCAAUUGCUCAGAGAUUUUGCUCCUAAUUUUGUGACCCACAGUCUCGAAGUAUUUUCGGUCUAGUCUUCAGUAUAUCUACAUGAAUAGUUAAUGCUGCCUUCUCUGCGGUAUCGGACUAUAGAUAGUUUUCACUUACUACAUAUGCUGCUAUGGUUUCUCUCUCUGUAUUCAUCCUUUGAUAUCACAGUGCUCAAGGCUCACAGACGGUUCAAAUCUAAUUAUUUUUCCCAAUUUCUUGUUCGGAGCAGCGGAGGAAGAACUUUUAACUGAAAAGUUUCUAAGCAAAUAUGAUACGGAUGCUGCCGUUGUGAAGUCGCUAACCCUGUAAACACUGUAAUCUAUAAAGAUGAAGCCUUGAAAUUAGGAAUACGAUGGGAAUAGUUACCGUAUAGGCUUUUGUAAACUUGUAUGCGAAACUUGUAUGAAACUUGUUCUUUUUUUCUUUUAAUUAUAUAUAUGUAUUAAGUGGCUUGUAUAUACAAACUUGGUAAGUUUGUACAGAAAUUCCACCAGUGCAUGCGCAAAA